AUGAAGACUCGCUCUAGGACACCCUCGCCAUCCUCCUACAACAAUACCCGGAACGACAACGAAGGAACUCUCGACAUAGACCACAACAACAACUACACUACCACCUCUCGUCAUCAUUCUCAUACCAGUACACCAUUACCAUCCAUGACCGCCUUCUUGAGCCCCUUGAAAUCAGGAACAGGAGGAGCAGCGCCGGCACCAGAGACAAUAAUAGCUGGAGAUAAUGUACAACCAUUCAGGGAGGAGGAAGAGCAAGAAAUGCAGGCGGGCAUUAGCACGGGAGACGACUUGAGACUGGCCAUAGGUCCCCUUGAUGAUGUUGCACAAGAGAAGUCGGAAUCUUUAUCACCGUUGUCAGAAGCAACAGCUAUACCUUUAUACCAAGAGACAUACUAUACCGUGGUAUCACAACGGGACGAUGGACACCUGCCAAUACAGUGGGAUCAGGAGCUCCAGCAACGAAAUGAAGAAUCGACCACCGACACAGAAGAGUACCCUUUGGCGGCCAUCAAGGAACCCGUUCCAACUUCUUUCUACCCAAAAGGGUAUCGUCGGCAGAAGACUGCUUCUUUGACGGGGAUCCUCUCGCCUCCGACUCAAUCGACAGCCUCGUCUAUGGCAAAUCUCAGCAACAGUUCUUCGGCCUCCAUGACCACCAACUUGCUCGCUAUAAAGUCCCACGUCUUUGUCCAGCAGGACCACCAGCAGCCCAGGCUCAUGCCCAUGGUCGUCGCGCCCAUCUACCAGCUCUCGACUCCAAUGUCCUCGACCAACUCUCUGUCGUCUCCCUCUCGAUCUGCGUCUCCAGCACACCACCAUUAUCAUUAUCAUCAUCAACAACAUCCCCUCGCCAUGUCAUCAACGCCGCUUACCGCUCAACUUGUAACAACUCUGGAGGCAACACCCACCGAUAACUCUACAAGCCUGCGACUUACAAUCCCUGCCACCUCUACCAAGGACGAGCUGCGACCAGGACAAGGUGGUGCUUCUGUAAAGUUUUCUAUCGACAAUUCACGAUCAGGCAAAGGUCACUCGUCGAAUUCGUCGACAUGUUCGUGGACCUCUUCACUGGCACCGCCCUCUGUGGACGAAAUGGAUCCAGGAAAAGACCCUCACUCGACCUCACCUUCCACAGCAGCAGCUGUUCCUCCAGCACCACCGACCUCGCAGCGAUCGCAUCAUUAUCCAACACACCAUCACGACCAUUCUCGGUCCUCUGUCUUGGGCGACUUGAAGAACAAAACUCAAAAUGUGCUCCGAAAGGCAGGCUUCUCGAUCGCGCCCGAUGCAGGACUGUUUGCAGAUCGUGGAUCGACAAAGCCGGCCGACCUCAAGGUCAUUCGUCUCUUCCCUGCCUCGGCCUCCUUUUUGUCUCGUGCGAACGGCGAUCGACAUGGACAUAUCACGGAUUCUAAGGAUUCUUCCUCCGCCAGUACGGGUGGCGGUGCUGGUACGGCCAAGAACACGGGGUUCUUUGGAAGACCUCGGAGUCGGUCUGUUCGGGAGACGUCUAGGCCGUCACUCGAACUGAGUUCAGUUCUUUCACAGCCACAGCAACAAAAGACCUCGCAAACGACCGCAACAGCUGUCCUGACGACAAGUCCGACUUUGAUCGACUACUCACCAAGUAGUCCGCCCCGACCUGCAUCUACAUUCUCUUCUUCUUCGAUGUCUGUCUUCAAGUUUGAGCGCUGGCCACAAUGGGGAGGCGGCCAUCAGCGAUCCAGCUCGGGACCUGCAAGACCCUCUGAUUGGUCGAUUCGACCCAAGAGGAGGAUGACGGUCGGUCUUGAACAUGCUCAUAUCGUCCCAAAGGGCAGCGACAGAAUCUUGGACCAACACACAAGCAGCAGUAGUGUCGGUGGAGAUCACCAACAUGUGCGGACAGCAUCUGGACCUCUGCCACCUCUGCCUCCUUUGCCGAGUAAUCUGGCGCCAGUAACAAUAGCAGACGAACGCGUGACGGCUGAGGAGCGGAAGAAGAAGAAGAGUCACCAGCGACGAGUGAGCGAUGCGACGACUCUAACCAUGGCGAGUACACGUUCUGCAGGAGCUUCUCCGCAACGCUUUCAACUACAGGGUCUCCAACAGCAAUUAAACCAACCACCACCACCGCCAGGAACAGGAAUGACAUUGCAGCAACAAACGAUUCCAGAGAAGCAGCCAACUCCACCGUCCAAGUCGAUGAUGGGGAACUGGUUCGGGAUGGUCUCGAAGCGGAGAUCGUUCCCGUCGGUUGAGGAGGAGGACCCGAAGCGACGAUUUGUGUAUGGAGGGCAACCUUAUCAUGGAUUCGAGGUGUCAGGAGUGGGGUCUCAACGGAACAGCUUGAUUAUCCUCGAUGACGGGGAUGAGGAUCUGGACGAUCUGGACGAGGACUCGGACUUGGAGGAGGACGAGCAUGCUACUGGUGUAACAGGCGAGGAAGGUGGGCGUGCGACACCUGUGGGCAGAGUGCGGAAGGAGAGACGGAGACAAGUUCUUGUGAACGACUAUGGAUUCAUCUGUGCGCCAGAUGAAAAUGGCGGAUGCGAUGGCCAACAAGGCAAUCACAACCACCUUCCCGGAGAGUUGCCGAAUGGAUCGAUGGUCAGUGAGCUGGCGGCGAGGUUAUCUGAGCCGGGGUCGUUUUUGGCAGAGCAUGAGCGGAAGCGAAACUUGAAGAAACAGCACGAGUUCAACCGUGUGAGUGAAGCCAAGUGGAUCCAUGCCAUGAACCAACUCCAGCCCGAUCAAGUCAAAAAACUGACCAAGUUUAAGAAAUUGGCGAGAGGAGGUGUACCGUCAUCGGUCCGAGGACGCGUCUGGCAGUUCCUCGCCAAUGUCGACCAGUACCGCGAACCGGGCCUCUUCCAAGACCUCCUCUCCCGGGGCCACCUCCCCAUCCACGACGUGAUCGCACGCGAUGUCCACCGCUGCUACCCGGACCAUGUCCAUUUCCGAGACGGGAUGGGCGGCACUGGCCAAGAGGAUCUUCACUCGAUCCUCAAGGCCUAUGCACAUUACAAACCUAGUGUGGGCUACUGUCAGGGGAUGGGCCGUCUUGUCGGGAUGAUGUUGAUGCAGAUGCCUGUCGAAGAGGCCUUCUGGCUUUUGGUCGCGACCUUGGAGGAUGGAUAUCUGAACGACUAUUUCACGCCGACGCUACGACAACUCCGGAUUGACGCUCUGGUGUUUGAACGACUCCUCAAGGCCCAGGACCCUCGACUGGCCCAGCACCUUGAAACCAACGACGUCUCGCCGAUCAUGUACAUCACCCCUUGGUUCCUGACGCUCUUCACACUGUCCCUCCCAUGGGCAUCUGUCCUCCGUGUCUGGGAUGUGUUUUAUUUCGACGGGGUCAAGACGCUCUUCCGGAUCGGGUUGGGGAUUCUGCAGAUCUGUCGAUCGACGUUGUUGGAGAGCUGUCCGUCUAGUGCCGAGUGUAUGGACUUCUUGCUCCAUGUACCUCUUGAGAGACUGGGGCCUGAGGUGUUGCUGGACAGGACGGCGUUCCGGAUUCGGUUGCGGAGGGAUAGUCUUGAAAAGAUGAGUGCUGUUACUGCUGGCGAGAUGGAUCUCAAAGAGGCUGGUGCGCGUAAAUCUGCCGUUACUUCUGCCGCUUCUGGUGCUGGUACAAGAACCGGAUCUUUCAGUGAGAAGCAACAAUUGCAACAACAGGAAGAGGCCGAGGACAAGAAGAAGAACAAACGAUCUAUGAUUGCCUCUCUGAGGGGAGUCAAGACAGCAACAACAUCGUCCAUCAUCACCACUACCACGACCACUACAGCAGCUUCCAGUCCACCCACAUCGGCCACCUCUGUCAGGACCACAAAGACUCAUGCAACCACUUCGUCGCGAACCGACAAUGUCGUCGUCGUCGUCGAACCCGCCACUACUAGUACUACAACAACCACUUCCCCAACAUCAACAACAAUAACCGCCAUUACGACGGAAUCUACAGCAGCAUCCUCUGAUAUGAACCAAGAGGCAUCAUCACCUGUGGAACCCGAUCACGACAAUAUCACUAAUACUAUUAAUAAUUCUAAUAUCGACUCGAUCCACGACGAAGACGACACCCACAACGGCUACAUCAGCAACACUAACAAGAACGGCCACAAUAAUGGCAAUGAUGUUACUUUGGAGGAGAACCAGGCAGAGUUGGAGAAACGGCAUGACCAGCGGCGGAUCUACGAUGUAUUCCUCGUCGCGGCCAAACUCUCGGUCCAGUCUACGAAGUACACCUACACCUUCUCCCUCGUCACCCUCCCCCUCCCAUCACUUGCUUCCUCCUCUUCCCCCUCCUCAAUCACCUUCCUCGGCCUCGACCAUCGUACUUUUACCCCCUAUCCCCCCAACCACAUUAUCAUCGUCUGUCAGCAACAGCAACAUCAGCAACAGUGGGUUCUCACCCCUGGGAGUGUUUAG